AUGGACUCUCUCUUUGUUAACCAAUCUCUCUCUCGCCUCAAGAUCUCUCCAAAACUCACAAUCCCUUCUUCUUUCGUUUCCUAUCAAUCUCCACGACACCUCAAGCUAAUCCAUUGUAGAAAACCCUACAAUUCCUUCACACUCUUUGCCAUCCAAAAUCAACAAGAAACACAAAACCAACUUCAAGAAACCACUCAAAACAUUGGAGACGACGAGGCGUAUGGAGAGGUUAGCAGGAUCAUCGGAAGCAGAGCACUUGAAGGUGGUACGGGCAUGGAGUACUUGAUAGAGUGGAAAGACGGUCAUACCCCUUCGUGGGUCCCAUCAGAUUUCAUAGCUAAAGACGUGGUGGCUGAGUACGAGACUCCAUGGUGGACAGCAGCCAAAAAGGCCGACGAGUCGGCUCUUAGAGAGGUUCUAUCAGAGAAUGAAGAUGGACGACGUGACGUUAAUGCUGUGGAUAGCGACGGACGUACAGCUUUGCUUUUUGUAUCUGGGCUCGGCUCUGAGCCUUGUGUUAAGCUUUUAGCCGAAGCUGGAGCUGAUUUGGAUCAUAGAGACAAUAGUGGUGGCUUGACGGCUCUUCAUAUGGCAGCUGGGUAUGUUAAGCCAGGUGUCGUUAAGUUAUUGGUUGGGCUUGGUGCUGACCCUGAGGUGAAGGAUGACAGGGGACUAACUCCUUUAGAUUUGGCUAAGGAAAUUUUAAGAGUGACCCCAAAAGGGAACCCAAUGCAAUUUGGAAGAAGAUUGGGGUUAGAAAGUGUAAUAAGGAAUUUAGAGGAGGAAAUAUUCGAGUAUGCUGAGGUACAGGAAAUAUUGGAGAAAAGAGGGAAAGGUAAGGAUUUGGAGUAUUUGGUAAAAUGGAAGGACGGUAGUGAUAAUGAAUGGGUGAAAGCAAAGUUUAUAGGGGAGGAUUUGGUGAGGGAUUUUGAGGCAGGUUUAGAGUAUGCUGUGGCAGAGGGAGUGAUGGGUAAGAGGGUAGGCGAUGAUGGGAAAAAUGAGUAUCUUGUGAAAUGGACGGAUAUUGAUGAGGCCACGUGGGAGCCUGAGGAGAAUGUUGAUCCUGAAUUGAUUAAGGAAUUUGAGGAGGAGGGACAGAUUAAUGGGAUCGGAAAAGUAGAGGUUCAAUCGAGCAGUAAUGGGCUUGGAAGUACUGAGGCCCAAAUGAGUAGUGAUGGACCAUAA